GCUUCUUUGGGUAGCGCUGCACGCUCACUGAAUAAUUUGGAGGGGAUUUGCUCAUCAUAGCAUCUUCUGCAAGCUUAGGAAAGAUUUGAGGUUCCUCUCCAUCAUUUGCAUCCAUCCAAAUUAAGUCGGCGACAUGGACGACUUGGCCCUGUUCAUGGAAUGGGCCAUGGACUCGCUGGAGCAGGAGCACCCAGACCCAGUGGUGGUCGUCAGUGGCGACUCCGGCGACGCAGCCUUCCCCUCGCUUCAGGCGCUCCGUGAGCAGCGUCUCGUCUUCGAAGAGCUGAUUACGGGAGCCAAUCCGGCAAGCAGCGGGAGCUCCGGCGAAACCACAGACGGCAGCGGAGGCUAUGGUGGCAAUUUCUCGUCCCCGGCGGCCAUGGAGCACGACGUCUGGCCCCUGUCCCCGAACUCGGCCAGGUGCGCUCCGAGGCUUUGCAGGAACGGUGCGGGCACCAGCCUUCCCGUGAUGAGCUGGAAUUUCUCCGCGCUGCCGGCCAGUGACGGUACACUGGACAGCGGCAGCGCCGGACCUGUCGUCCCGGAGACGGGGUCGCAGCCCACGAGGAGGGCCGCCGCAAGGAGCCCCACCGGCACCGGGCCCGUGUCGUCGGGGCCGCCGUACGCGCAGGACCAUAUCAUGGCGGAGCGCAAGCGCCGCGAGAAGAUUAACCAGCGCUUCAUCGAGCUCUCCACCGUCAUCCCCGGCCUCAAGAAGAUCCAUAUACGUAUACGAUUGAUUCAGAUGGACAAGGCGACGAUCCUUUCCGACGCGACGAGGCACGUCAAGGAGCUGCAGGAGAAGAUCAAGGCCCUCGAGGCAGCCACCGGCCGCGGCAGCAGGAGCAUCGAGACCGUGGUACUCGUCAAGAAGCCCUGCUACGCCGCCGUUGCAGACGAAAACGGCUCGCCCUCGUCGGCGUCGUCGGGGGCGCCGGCUUCGAGGAACCCACUGCCGGAGAUCGAGGUGCGGUUCUCGGAGACCGGCGUGAUGGUGAGGAUCCUGUGCGCCGCCGCCAAGGGGGUGGUGGUGAGGGUGCUGUCGGAGGUGGAGGAGGGGCUCCACCUCACCGUCACCCACGCCAAUGUCAUGCCCUUCACGGCCUGCACUGUCAUCAUAACCAUCACGGCCAAGGCAGGUUUUCCUUGAUUUCACAUUUCGGUCCAAUAUAGGGCCUGUUUGUUUCAUAAGUCCCAGGAUUUUUUUAAGUUCCAACUUAUAAGUCAUAAGUCCUUGCCUGUUUGUUUACAUCGACUUAUAAGUUCCGAGUCCCUGCCUGUUUGUUUACAGGGACUUAUAAGUUGAUAAUCAUUUUUCAUACAAACGAAUUACAGAAUAGUGACAACCGAAAUAACACUUAUUCAUAACACUUGUUCAUACAAACAAUUAACACUUGUUGAUAAGAACCAAAAUAAUAGAGAGUACAUAACAACCGAGAUAAAAGAAAUUACAAGCGAACAACACUUGUUCAUAUCAUUGUUGUUUCAAGGACCACAACCCAUCAUUGUUGUCAUCAUCAUCUUCAAAGCCUUCAUUCUCGUCGACAUCUUCUGAAGACGCAGCAGUUGACGACACACGUUGCUUCCCCGCAUUUUUUCCUCUACUGCCGGCCGCUGAGGACCCAUUGCCUCGACCUACGCCGCGUCCGGUGACCUGGGACGAGGUCCUCCCACGCCUUAUGACGCCUCCCUCAACGGCAGCUGCGGCCGGGGCGACGAACGGACGCAGGUUAGAGCCGCCUCGGCCUCCGAUGUUCAGAGACCGGCUGCGGCCUCCUCCGCCCUGGGGUACGGGCCUCCCACGACCACGUCCAACCGGAGGAAGGCCAUGACCGGCCGACUGGUCAAAGAGAAGUUGUUGGUACGAGCCCAACUCCGGGAAGACGUCCGUGUUGUUGUUGAGAUCCAAGAAACCCAUUCCCCUCCCGAGAUUUCCACCGGCGGAUGAGCCUUCGGGUGCCUCCUGAGACAAGGGGAAUUGAGAGAAGAAGGGGAUCUCGUCUUCCUCGCCGGCCAUGGCGGCGGCUGUUGAAGCUGCCGGCGGCGGCGGCGAUUGGUGCGACGCGAGCGAGGCGACGAGGGGAACCGAGGGGGCGAUGCGGUACGAGGCGAACAAGCGGCGUGGGGCGAUGCGGUACGCGAGGCGAGGAGGGGAUCGAGCGGUGCGGGUCCAGAUAAGUCCCAAUAAGCUCCUCCCUGAGGAGCUUAUUUGAUAAGUCCCUAAUCACCCCAAUAAGUCCCAAUAAGUCCCUCCUGUUUGGCUUGGAUUGGACUUAUAGGGACUUUUUUAAGUCCCUAAACCCAUAAGUCACUGGAAACAAACACCCUCAUAGACAAAAAGAGUAAUGGUACUUCCACGUAAAGAAAAUUACCUACGUGUUCUACGUAAGCCGCCACAUAAUUGUGAUUGGAGAAGGGGGGGAAGCUAGGGGCCCCACCCACCUGAAAAUGUGUGUGUGCGUGGGGCUAGGAAGGUUACGUGAAACAUUUUGCAAAGCUACAUAGGUCUAGGAUUAUCGAUCCAUAAAAGUCGAGUAAGAUUUUUCAUGUCUAAUCAUAUUUGAUCUAGCUCCUUUCACUUAUCAAUGGCCUAGCCAGACUUAUCAUCAACCGAACAUAUAUGAUACUCCUCUGUUCACUAUUAUAAGAUGUUUUGGAUAUUUUAAUACAAACUAUAUACAAACUGAAAUGAGUGAACAAAUACACUAAAACACGUUUAUAUACAUCUGAACCAGAAAAAAGUUAGAACAUCUAGUUAGCGGAGGGACUGUAUUUCAUUGGUAAUCAACCAUUGUUACACUCGCUUCAUAAUGAGGUAUUCUCAAUAUAUAUUAGUAAUUAUAAUUAUUUUUUAAUAUAGUUUCAGGGCAUGAAAUUUCUACACUCACUUCUACAUGUAUCUCAAAAUGUGGACAUCUGACGGCUAAUUAGAGCAUCGACUUACAUAUAAGACAAUCUCAAAUGACUUAGAUAUACCUAAACCGGAGUGAUUAGCAACUUGGACCAAAAAGACAUUCAUGUCUCGAAGACAAUGUGAUUUCAAUGCUGGAAAGUUCUGUUUUAAACUGGGCUGUUACAUAAAACAUAUAUUCAUUGGUUUAAACCGGCCAGUUGAAACCUUUCAGCAAAAUAAAAAUUGAACCCAGCAAAAAUUAAAAAUUGGAUAUCAUACCGUCAUAGUUGUACUACGAUGGCCUUAACUAAUGUCGCGUACAAAAUACAUAAUCUCUCCCGCAUUAUGAGGAAGCUUCUUAAUUUUCUUAAUUUGCAAGACAUGGUCAAUGCAUAGAAUAUUCCACAAACGUACUCCCUCCGUUUUUAUUUAGUCCGCGUAUUAGCUUUGGUCAAAGUCAAGCUUUGUAAACUUUGACAGAGUUUAUAAACAAAAACAUGAGCAUAUACAAUAACAAAUCAAUACCAUCAGAUUUAUUAAUAAAUGUACUUUCACAUCAUAUAAAUUUGAUAUGGUAAAUGUUUAUAUUGUUUUCUAUAAACUUGGUUAGACUUUACGAAGUUUGACUUCAGUCAACUCUAAUAUGCAGAGUAAAUAAAAACGAAGAAAGUACUAUCGUAGAGCCUACAUAUAAGACAACCACAAAUGACUUAGAUUUAGCUAAACCGAAGCGAUUAGCAACUUGGCCCGGAAAGACAUUCAUCUCUCAAAGACAAUGUGAUUUCAAUGCUCGAAUUAAACUGGGCUGUUUACACUGAAACAUAUAUUCAUUCUUUUGGCUAGUUGGAACCACUCAACAAAAUAAAAAUUGGCCCAGGCAAAAAUUAAAAACCGGAUAUCAUACCGUCAUAGUUGUACUAUGAUAGCCUUAACUAAUGUUUCGUACAAAAUCCAUAAUCUAUCCCGCAUUAUGAGGAAGCUUCUUAAUUUGCAAGACAUGGUCAACAUGCAUAGAAAAUUCCACGAACGUACUAUUGUAGAGCCUACAUAUAUAUUUUGAUGACAAGUAAAGCUACAUUUAUGGGGGAUUUGUUAUGGACCGUACCGACAAGCUGACAUGGCGAGAUUUGGUUGGAGAAUAAAAGGGUAGUGUCUGUAAAUGGUUUAGCAUUUUUUUGUUUGAUGACCAGUAUUUAUUGAACAAAAACAUAAUUCUCAAUCUAGCCAAUCCUGCAUGCUCCCCUGGGAAAAAAGCUAAUCAUGUUUGUUCAUAAGUAUUAUAUUCAUCUGAAUGAAGUAAGAGAAUACAAUGCUGGUCAAUAGCUAGUUUGCAUUUUGUUUUCAGGUGGAUGAUGGCUUCACCGUUACAGCAGAGGAGAUCGUAGGAAGACUCAACUCUGUGGUGGAAUUGCAUAGCAGCUGCACUUCUACCGAAGAAAAAUGAAACAAGAAAAUAUAACAUGUCAUAUGUAUAGUACGGAACAUAUUAUCCUGUAUAAUUAAAUUUGGAAGUGGUGAGAGGGAGUGCAUGCAGGCAUGCAUAUUUCUGACGAGAAUGUCUAGUUGAACCAUACAUUCACAUGUUUAUGUUGGUGCAACGACAACAACGGCAAAAGCUUGCUGAAAGAUCAAGCCAAGUGGAUGAUUCCAAACGAAAAUGACUGGCGUCUGGCUGCACGCAAACUGUGGAUAUUCCUUUCCGAAUAUUCUGGUAAUAAUAUCCAUUCAUCACGCGUGUACUAUAUACGUGAGGUAAAUACACCGGAAGUCUUAGAACUUACGCGUGGUGGUCAGUUUGAUGCACAAACUUGCAAAA